CGAUGGAUGAAAAUAAACAUAAAUAAAAAAUGUCGAGACUGGAUUUUUUAAAUUAUCUAGAUCAACACGGUCUCAACUCUAUCAUAGAAUAUUUAGUGAUCCGAUUCUUGGAUACAAGAAGCAUUCUAAAAUUAUCUCAGGUGUGCAAGGAUUGGAGAAGAUUACUUGAUACUCCUUAUAUCUGGAGAUCACUGGCCCAUAGAGAAGGAUUUGUUAGUUGUGAUUGUACAGCUGCUCCCGAGGUUCCUGACCUCAGCUGGAUAUCUACCAAACAUGCUGGAUAUCUGUUGGAACCGAGAUGUACCUGGUCCGAGUAUGUUGGAUACAGAAUAAGAUUAAGAAGAAAUUAUAGAACUGGAAACUACGAAACAAAGAUACUAAACCCAACCCAGGUAUUGGAAGAUGAACUUGCCUGUAGUUUUGAUUGUGAUGGAAAACAUCUAGUUGUUGGGACUAGUAAAGGACGAAUACUGCUUUGGAACCUAUCCUCAGGAGUUGAAGCUGUACAACAGACGUUUAUGUUCUCAGCGAAGAUCAAUAAAGUUUUUCUUCGUGCGAAUUGUAUAAUUGUUCUUCAACAGGGAAUGCUUUUCUAUCUCAGGAUUCUUGCAGAGCAUUUUGACAGUAUUUAUACUUUACACCUGGGGGUUACAGGAUUAGGUCUCUCAGUUACUUCACAGUUCGGACAAAUAGCAUAUGGUUACAAGGGAGAUACAUGUGUUCCAGUGUUAGAUAUUGAGAGUGGAGUUGAAACCCAGUGGAUCUUUCUAGAGGACGGAUACUUUCUUGAAACUAUCCUACUCAGUCAUAUUCAAUCCUCUAAACAUACGAUUUUUAUCAGUGCUUACACCACUUCUGGAGAAGGAAAUGUUGAAUCUCGAGACGGGUUUGUUUAUUCUUCCAUUUCUGGAGAUAUUCUUUUUCAGUUCAACAUUUCAUCUUUAAUAGAUACUAGAUACACGGCUAACCUACUGUUCUAUGAUGGAGGAAUAUAUCUGGAGGGUCAACUCUAUGGUUCAGAUUACCCUCUAGAAACUGUAUGGCGGGUGUGGGAUACCCAGGGAAAUCUGCUUCUUGACUAUAUUUUCCAAUCUGAUUUUGGAAUGGUUUUGACUGGAAACAAUUCUGAAAAUAAUGAGACGAACCUUCAUCUAACUGCUUCGGGGUAUUCCUACCUAACCUACUGUUCCCUCCUGAAGAAUCAUCUUGUUUUCUCACAAAAAGAACAUAAAGGAAUCUCUCUCAACGUUUAUCAGAUAAAAGAAUCAAAACAACAAGAGCCAAAUCCAUCUCCUGGUUGUCUAUCUGUAUCCAGACUCUGGAGAUCUAUGCAGUAUAUAGAGAACUCAUCAAUAUUUGGAGAAAACCUUCCUUGUAUCCAGGUUCCUGAAUCCGAUACAGUUCUCUCCAUGAGCAGUAACUAUAGAGGUCUUGUUAUACGUGAUCUGUAUACCGGAGUAAAGCUUGCUCAGAUACCAGCACAGGGUAAAUAUUCCCGUGUUUGGGCCAGAGAAGGGAUGGUCCUGCUUCUCAAUGGAGGUCCUCUGGGUCCAGCUCAACUUUUAUAUUUUGGAUGAAAGAUUAUCAUUAAUCAAAUAAAUUUUUUUUAAUUGC